CUCUCACUUUUCUGGGGAAAUGGGGAGUGUUUGAAGAAUUUAGCACGAAGACGAUCUUUUUUUUCCCCCUUCCUUAUCUGAAGAGCGUUAUACAACGAAAGUAAAAGGGACUUGCUGUUCUUGUUUCUGCAAGGGGGUACGGCGUUUUUAUCUGAAUAAUACUGCGGUGCCUGGCUGGCUGACCUCAUCGCUAACCGACUCAACUACCUAGGCCUUUUGCUCUUAUACACACAUAACACUUUUUUUUUCCUUUUCUUCUUCUUCCUCUUCUUUUCAUUUCCUAUUCAUAGCGCUGGGAAGUUUUCUGCAUCCGUUCUCUCUGCGUAAAACUCGCCGGGCGUCGCAAAUGGCAGAGGCGACCGCUUCUGGGACCUCGACGGGGUUGACGUCGAGUUCGGUUGUCGCUCAAGAGACGAAGCCUGCGACAUCGGCCAGGCGCGAUUACAAGGGAUUUGUGGCGGGCGUGUUUAGCGGAAUUGCAAAGCUCACGGUCGGCCAUCCUUUCGACACCGUCAAGGUCCGGCUUCAAACAACCCAGUCCUCGCGCUUCAGUGGCCCUCUGCAAUGCGUCCUGCAGACGAUCCGCAAUGAGGGCGUGACGGGCCUGUAUAAAGGCGCCACGCCGCCUUUGGUCGGGUGGAUGUUUAUGGACUCGGUGAUGCUGGGGUCGUUGAACGUCUAUAGACGACUCAUGGCACAGCAUGUCUUUCACGUGGAUUCCUGGACGCCAGGGGCUGGAUCUGGAUCAGGAUUCGGGCUUGGAAAUCUGUCUUCGUCGCUGAAGUCGUUGGGGGCAGGGCAGACAUCUAGAUCUGCGUCGUCGUCAUCAGAGCCGUCGUAUCUGCCGCCAGUGGGCCACGGCAUCGCGGGCAUCAUGGCCGGCUCUACCGUCAGCUUCAUCGCCGCGCCCGUAGAGCACAUCAAGGCCCGUCUGCAGAUCCAGUACGCCGCGCGCAAGGCCGAGCGCCUGUACUCUGGACCGCUCGACUGCAUCCGCAAGAUCUACACCCACCACGGCGUGCGAGGCGUCUACCACGGCCUCUCUGCCACGCUGCUCUUCCGGAGCUUCUUCUUCUUCUGGUGGGGCAGCUACGACGUCCUUUCACGGACUCUUCGCAAGAACACCAACCUGAGCAAUCCGGCCAUCAACUUCUGGGCUGGUGGGCUGAGCGCGCAGGUGUUUUGGCUGACGAGCUACCCGAGCGAUCUUGUCAAGCAGCGCAUCAUGACGGACCCGCUUGGCGGAGGGCUGGGAGAUGGAGAGAGACGGUUCCCGAAGUGGCGGGAUGCGGCUGUGACGGUGUAUCGCGAGUCUGGAUGGAGGGGAUACUGGAGAGGAUUCUUGCCGUGCUUUUUGAGGGCUUUCCCGGCGAAUGCGAUGGCGUUGGUGGCUUUUGAGGGUGUGAUGAGGACUUUGCCUUGAAAAGGGUGAUGCUUUCGUAUAUACUUGACCCCCUCCCCCCUUUUUUUUUUACUUGACACUGAAGAUACCUCGUUUAUGUCUUGUAAUUUAUGAAUGAUUGCAUAUGAAUACACAGAUAGAUCAUUUGGUAGUAUAUCGAAAUUUAAGUUGAUAUCAGUGGUUCGAAG